AUGAACUUCACGCUAAGUAAUAUAAUAGGCAGCACAUUAGAUCCCAGGCCCCAGGUCAUCCUCCAGCAAAACCUGUCAGUCAUAUUACGUUACGAUAAGGUAUGUUCUUUAGCUAGUAAGUUAAUUCAUAACUGUGAUUAAAAUCUACUUAUAGAAAAUGAGUAGGCUAACUUCUCUAGCCGAGAAGGGAUUGAUUGAUAACUGCUUACACUGUUUUAGGAUAUUCUUGUUUUUUCUUCGUAAUCUGAAUGGCUUAAAACUUGCGGACUGCUCACCACGAUGUAGACUGCGAGCUGGCUCUUAUUUUUCUUCUGAGACAGAGUAGGUCGAGAGCAUGGGUUAGGGGCGAGCACCAAAGCCGCGAGGAACAAGGGCAGUCCUUUUUACCAUUAAUUUGCAUACUUUCAAUUUUUCUCUCGCCGGGCAUGGCAAUGAGGUAAGAACCUGACGACCGCUCGUGGUCUAGCCACGAUGUAACCCCUUAAUAAGGCGUUGUAAAAUUAUGCACUUUCUUUCUUUUGUGUUUCGUUUGUCGCUUUUACUUAGUACCAGGUAUAAAAAUAUUUACGACGCAGACGAGUCAUUCACCUUUCUUUGAUUUUUGCUAGUUUUAUCUUACCUGAAACUUUAAAUGUCUUUUAAAAGGGAUUAGAGGCACAUUGUGUCUUCUGGGAUUUUACUGCCAAGUAAGUGUGACAAAAUUUUUUCAACACGCACUUAUUAAGGACUUAACUACAUCAGGGGUUCUUCGAACUGAUGAGUUGAUUUAUAGCGGGGCUCCCUCGCGCGCGAAGCGCGCGUGGGACAGAGCCCCAUACUCAUGGAAUAUGGUCAACCUCUUUUCUUUUGGUUGUCACGUGACUGACCGAGCGUACGUACGUACGUACGUACGCGUCUACAGAUUGUACGGGUAGGGUAGGGGAGACUAUCAAAAGGAAGGGAGGGGUGUCUCAGGCGUGUCUUAGCAAAUCCACAUCUUUUACAUUGGCCAUUCACGAUAUGGUCAAUUGACAGCUGUCAAAACAAGAUAGCCACUGACCAGUAUCACAUUGCCAUAUCGGGGGCUCAUGUGUCAACUCAUCAAGGUGACGUGAGUUAUUUGGAAGCUGCCGCUGACCAGUUGUUUUACUAGAUCGCGAUCAAUGUUCAAUCUCGUACUUUCUAGCUAGUUUGAGAGCACACGAAAACUGAUAAUGCACACAUCCAUUAGACAUCAAUGUUUUGAUCAAUUGACAGCUGUCAAAACAGGGUAUCCGCUGACCAGUAUCACUUGACGGUAUCGCGGGCUCAGGUGUUAACCCAUCAAGGUCAAGUAUUUUUUGAAGUUAUCCGCUGACAAGUUACUAGUUUUCAAAUGAUCGCAGGCUCAAGUUUGAUUUUUUUUCAUUCAUAUGAAAUAUGUUUUGUUUUUGGGCCGCACAAUUAAAAUUUUGAUUUAAAACUGACCUCGGACCCGAAAAUUCAGCCAGCUAUUACAAGCAAGACAGUUGCUUUUGACUUUGCUCACCAUGGUCACGCGUUGGUCUCGCUCUACAUCCAUUUUUAAAGCUCUGAUUGGUCAAAAUUUGACAGGUGAGCUCAUGCGGAAAAUUUACGCAGCAUUUUGAAUCUUGUUUACUUUGACAGCUGAAGCUGAGAGAGUUUUGUGUCAACUUGUGAUGUUUUUAACUGUCUUUUUCCACUGGAUGCACAAAAUGAAAUUUAGCUGCUAUCAGGAGCCUUCUGUUAUUCAUGGCUAGUUGGUUUUUGGUUGAGAAAUUAAUACAUCACUUGUCAAAGUUGGGAAUCCGAUUUCGGGUGUCAACGUUUUUGUUUUUCACCUUGCUUGAUGCGCGUAGAGGCUGAAAACUCUGAAGCGAUACUGGCCUUCCUUGAUACCUUUCAGGAGCUGCGUCUCGAAUGGUAAGCCCCAGUAAUUAUUGUGUUUGAUGUUUGUUUUUUAUAUCUAAUUUAAAGAAGUCGAGCGUAGUUUAUGCGGCUAUGUAGUUUAUGCACGUUUCUAAGAUUUGAGACAAUUUGAUCUGACCACGAAUCAGGUAAACUUGAUAUAUAAAGCUUACACAACUUUAAAAAGUCUUUAGACAUUUUCUCACCGCAGAUAGAAAGAAAACGUUCCAUAGAACAUUUAGUUAUAAUUCUGGCAGUAAAAGAAAGCUUUGAGCGAUUUUCUUGCCUCGAGUUCAUCUGUGUAAAAAAGUAAAUACCGGGAAGCCGGCUUAAAACAUAAACUUACGCUUUAAGCUUGAAGACUCAGGAUUUUUAGAGACACUUUAAUAUUUGUCUUCGUGAAUGAAAAAUGUUGUCUCUGUAUAUGUUUCGCCGAAUUAUAUUUCCUUUAUUGAUUGCUGGUAGUCUCUCUUGUAAUUUUAAUCGCUGUGCCGUUUGUUUUCAGUCGUUCAGUGAACAUCGCUUGCAGGAGUACUCAAAAUGCCGCGCGUAUCAAACGCUUUUAAAGAUUACAGAUCGAUAAAACCAUUAAAUAAGAAAUAAACAUAAUAAUUUCUUUAUUGUGUUGGAGCUUAACUCUAGUAUGUUCGUUCAAACAUUCGCUACAGCUCGCACUGCAAAAGUGAGAACCGGCUGGCUGUAUACGUGAUUUUGGACAUUUUUUUAACGGUUUAGCUAAAAGCCCACGCGUGCUUCGAUCGUCCUGAAUAUUGAAUGAGUGCAAUUUCUCUUGCAAAACUGUGAAAUACUGCAUUCUGUCCGAGGUCUGUAUGAAAACAAUACCUCAUAGUACUGCUUCACCUCAGAUGUGAUGUAUAAAUGGUAUAAAAGGCUGGUUUACACCCACCCAGAUUUGUUGGCAAGAUUUUGUAAAGCAAACUUGUCCAAAGCAAAAAACUCGGACUGAUUUUUUUCCGGGCCUAAUUAAUCUACGGUGAUCAAGAGCCAUUAUGGCUCUUAAAUGUGAUCGAAGAUGAUUGCUAUUUUUUGGGUGUACAUAUGAGGCUAUCAACUCGAUGUAAGAUUUGGUUCACUCUUGGGCUGUUUGCAAAUUAUUUUUCUCUAAAAUCACUUAGCCUUUCCCUCAAAAGUCACAUGAAUGUGCUAUGUGCUCUAAAGUUAACUGAAUUGUGGAAUACAAGUUUAUUGUUUGAUUUAAAUUAUAAAUAUAUAAUGGGAGCCUCGCUUUUAGCCCUGGCUAAAUCUAUAUUAGUUAUUGUAGAUAAUAAUUAGACAAUGCUAUACAGAAAAUAUCUCGCAGGCUACCGACUUUAAUGCCAUUAGGGUUGAUAAACUACUGUCCUUUGAUUGGCCUUUCCCUUAAAGCAGUCAUACAACUACGAAACUAUAUUUCAGAUCAAAUGUUAACGGUUAUUGGUCAAGCAAAGGAUGUUCAGUGGUCAAUAGAACCAAAACGGAAAUCACAUGCACCUGUAACCACCUCACAAACUUUGCUGUUCUUAUGCACGUUGGAGUAGACAAUGAGGUUAGUUGGGGCAGCUUUGGCUUGUUUUCCGCAUGUCUCAAUACAAUAACUUAACCCGCGGGUAAGAACCGAGAUUUUAAGAACCUUUUAGGCUAAAAUUUGUUUGUUAGUGCACCUCUACAGAAGCACCUUUAGGACUGUAUCGCAGCGGAGUUUCCAGAGGGGUAGAUGUGAAAAUAUAGAUAUCCUCCAUAAAUUUCAAAAAUUUCAAUCUAUAGUUGAGCUACAAACUGUUAUUUAAACGAUAUUAUUGCAUAAGAGUUUAACUGUUGGAGCUGAGACAAGCAUUACAAUACAUGUAAAAGUACCUUAAAAUUCAUGUUCUUACUGCUUUAGUUUUUCUUCUUAAAUUGAUUUUUACAUAAAUUUUAAUUUGAUAUUCAGAUUUGAUAUAAAGAAUAAACUGAAUGCCUCUAAAUAUUCAGAGUAUUUUUUCUUUAGAAAAUAAGAACUUAUUUAAGAACCUAGUAUAGAUAGACUAAAUUUGUGCUAAUUACCAUUUAUGUAAGAACCUGUUUGGGCUAAAUUGGGAAAAUAAAGGUUCUUACUCGCGGGUUUUUACUGUACUAUGAAUGUUAAAGAAAACUAAGGAUAGCAUCUACAAUCGUGGCGCCAUGAACCCUUUUUUCACAGUGUCAUUUAUAGUUUUAGUGACUCGAGUAAUAAGGAGGCUAUGCCUAUUUUCGCCAUUGAGAGUACUACUUUGCAAAAUAAUAAGGGGCCCUGACUCUUGCCAAUAUUUGUCUUUAUUGAUUUGGCGUAUUUGCAAACAGUUUUUCCAAACUAUCUUUCCAUCAGGUUCCAGCAGAUCAUAAGGUGGCAUUGAAAGUCAUUACUUACGUUGGGUGUGCUCUGUCGCUUGUUGGAGAGGCACUCACCGCUGUUGCAUUUUUCGUCCUCUUGUGAGUUACAAAUAAUAUACCAUUAUAAAAGAGCUCGGACAUUUAGAUUUGGUUUUUGUGAUAUGCAGAAUAAUCAAGGUCGAGGUAAGUGCUUUUAAUUCACGCAUCUUGGUUUCAAGCGCACCGAGCAUAACACGGCUGGGGAAGAGUCAAACCAAGAUUGUCGCCUGCAACAAACAGUAAGCGCUCGAACGGACUAGACGUUCAACAGAAAAACAUGGUCCACCAAGCGUUUUAAACAGAUUUUUCAGCACCAAAUGUUUAACCAUAGCAUACAAAGACGUGCUUUGUUUCUAAACUAUUUGCAUUGAAUCUCAAUACUUAGUAAAUGCAAAAUUAUGACAAUAACAAAACCACAAGGGAGGGGAACGGGGAGUCAGCCGCCCUCUUCACAACCCCUCGUAGCGCAGUUAGGCUCUGGAUUAGCUUGUCAGACGUUCAUUUAUGAUUUUUAAAUUAAGAAGCACCUUAACAUGGGAUUUUCCCGCUUUGAAAAAAAUAACAUGUCAACGGUGUUCAAUUAUUUUUUUUUCCUCUUUCAGGGAUUUGAAAGAAAACCAAACUCAAAUCCGCUUUAACCUUGUGGUCGCCAUAGCGAUAGCACAAAUUACGUUUCUUGCUGGAAUUGAUGCCACAGAAGUUAUGGUAAGCUUAAGAUGUUAGUUAAUCUGAAAGAUAAAGAAAUAAUGAGCAUUUUGUUGGCUUGGAUGAUAAACUGAUUGCCAAAACACUGUAAAAACAAAAAUCAGAAAUGAAAGACCGUUGGAUGAAAACGAGUUGAGUCUUUAAUAAGUAAAUUUCAUUAGAUUGCAUAUUCCCGUUACCUCGAUUUUACGCAAAUGUGCUAAAGGGACAGGGUGGCAAAGAGUAGGGGGAGGGGAGGGGAAUACCUAUGACGAAUUACAGAGUAAUGAAAUAAAAUAUUAACUACAUUAACAAGUAUCAGGACUGGCUAUCCUAUUGUUAUGUGAUCUGAGGAAAUCAGUGGUCGCGGAACGAGAAAAAAGUGCAAGAAGUUAGUGUCAUAACUAUAUAUUUGUUAUGUCUCUCAGUCUUCUUCUUGUUUCAAAUGAUAUCAACCAUCGCAGAAAUUUCAAAGGAAAAUCACACGUCACGCGUUGUAAAAAUAGUAAAUCACGCAUCACGCUUCUAGGCCAAAUCGCGCCUUACGCGGUUAAUUUAAUUGACCACUCCAGAAAAUACCAUAACAUACCAUAAUGCUCUCUGUUUGUCACCCCAAAAUUUUGCAUGAGCAUUGUUUUCAGUUUCUCUUGGGGCCAUUUUAACUCCCCAGAGAAACUGAAAACAAUGAUUACGCAAAAUUUUGGGGUGACAAACAAAGAGCAUUAUGGUAUGUUACAGUAUUUCUGGAGUGGUCAAAUGGGUUCGAUCACGCGUCACGGAAAACCCCUUUGCCACCCUGAAAGGAUAAUUUGGGAGGAAUGGAGUCUGAUUGCACUGACGUUUAGCGAUGGUUCAACUCCUGUAUAAUAUUUCGCAAACAUGGCAGUCAAGUUUAUUCUGUCACUUUUUAAGGAAAUAAAAAUUGUCCUUGAUAGAUUUUUUCGGCUGCUAUGAUUAGUAUAGGAAACAGGUAUACACUAGGUAUGGGUCUAAGGUUACAUAGGAUCAAGUGAAGUGUUACUGGCAGACACAUGACAGUGCCUAAAACUUGUGGCUCAGUGGUCGAUUGCUCUUUAGUUCUCUUCAGUAUCUUUGGCUUGUUUGCAUUACAUCAAGAGUUUUUUUUCUUUUUCCUUUUCUUUUUUUUGUAGGGUGGGGGAGCGGGUGGUAAAAAACGUGCCGUUAUGGGCAAUUUGAUGACGGUGAAUCCCGUUUCUUAUAGGAAUUGUGUCUGUUUGUAGCAGCCAUGAUUCAUUACUUCUAUCUGGUGGGAUUUGCUUGGAUGUUAUUUGAGGGUGUUUAUCUGUAUCUGAUGGUUGUCAAAGUGUUCAAUACGGUCAUCAGAUUGCGUUUAUUUUAUGGAGUGGCUUGGGGUAAGUAUUAAAGCAACAACCUACUACAGAAAAUGGCCCGUUGGUAGAUCUAGUCAAGAGGUCGUGACUUGUAAGUCCCUUCCGGGAUCAAAAGCAUUUCGUGAAUUGACCACUCAAAAAAUGCCAUAACAUACCAUAAUGCUCUAUGUUUGUCACCCCAAAAUUUUGCAUAAGCAUUGUUUUCAGUUCCUCUUGGGGCCAUUUUAACUCCCAAGAGAAACUGAAGACAAUUCUUAUGCAAAAUUUUGGGGCAACAAAUAAAAGAGCAUUAUGGUAUGUUAUGGUAUUUUCUGGAGUGGUCUAUUGAUUGCUGGUUUAUCUAGUUACUUUCCUUACGUAUUUACAAGGACUUGCAAUUGAGACUUGCUAUUCAGAGGAAUUUGUACAGUUUCUCACAUCUCAACACCACACUUCUCAUAAGAGUGCUACACUGAGGUAGCUGACGUAACCCAACUGAGCCUAACUUUUCAUUUUUCACUUUUUCGUUUUCAAUCAAACCUUAGGCGUCUCCCUUUUGAUUGUGGUUUUAUCGAUCGUGAUUGCUUCCAUUCAAGAUGGCGGGAUAGAAAGCUAUGUUCAUGAUCAUUUGUAAGUAACCAAACCAGAUCUUAAUACUACAGAACAAAACGGAGCAAGAAAAACUUGGAGGUUUCAAGAAUCUGUUUAUUUUUUAAUUACCAUUUUUUAUUUAUUUAUUUAUUUAUUUAUUGCAAAGUUACUUAUGAAAUUGAUUGAUGAACAGGUUAUUAAAUCAUCACCAGACUUGAAGUUACUGUGAGUAACAUUAGAUGAUGAACUUAGUUUUAGUACUCAUAUAAGUGAUAUAUGCAAAAUGGCAAGUAAGAAAGUUGAUGUUCUAGUACGUCUUAGAAAUAUGAUUCCGAGAGAAGCCAAGUUACAAUUGUACAAAUCGGCAAUUUUACCUAACUUAACAUAUUGUCACAUAGUGUAGCAUUUUUGCAAAGCAUCUGAAGCAAGAAAAUUAAAAAGAGUACAACAACAGGCAUUACGUGCUGUAUAUAAUGAUAGGAAUGUUCCGUAUGAGGAACUCCUAGAGAAGGGAAGACUCUCUAGUCUUGAGAACAGACGGUUACAAGAUAUACUAAUUUUAAUGUAUAAGGUUAAAAAUUCACUAGCUCCAGAGCAUGUAUAUGUAAUACGUUUUUUCAGCAAGAUAAGCAUUAUAACUUACGAAGAGAUUUUCCUGUUCCGAGAUAUAAUACUGUUAAGUAUGGCAAGCACAGUAUCAGAUUUUUAGGCCCACACAUAUGGGGCAAGAUAAGCCAGGAACUACGCAGUAAGACCAGUCUUCAGGCAUUCAGGAGAGGGAUGCGUGCUCUCAAUGUGCUUGGCUUGCUGGACGGUACAUGUGGCUGCUGCGCAUGCUCAUCUUAGGGUGGUGGGUAUGCAUAUUGGCUUCUGCUGUCUGGCUGCCCUGGUGUAUUGAGAGUGUGCUCCCCUAUCCUCUAUUUAAUUCGUCUAAUUUAAAUUGUCUAGACUUUUAACUUUCUGAAUUUUGUAUUUAUGUUUGACUGCUGCUUAUAUGUUUGUCCUAUAUUGUCUGUUUGUUUGUCUGUCUAUCUGAUUGUCUGUUUUGUCUAUCUAUUUGUUUGUCUUUGUUUGUUCCUUUUCCUACUGUUUGUCUGUAAUAAUUUUAUAUAUUGAUGUUAUUUUUAUAUAUUAAUGAUAUUUUAAGAAUAUAUUUUUAAUAUUUUUACGUAUACUUGAUUUAAUCUUAUAUUAUAUUCUUUUUGUUUAUUUAUAGUGUCCACAAUUAGCUUUUUAGCUAAAUACCUUGACACUUUAAUAAAGUUUAUGUAUGUAUGUAUGUAAUUUGCCCAAACUGCCUUUUUCAGAGGAAUUAUUAUGAGCACGUUCAUGUUACAGGCCUAAACAAUUGGUUUUCAAACAAUUGAAAAUUUUUAAAUAAGUCUUCGUAAGCUUUUUCUUCAAUAUUUCCAAUUUUAACCGUUAAGUUUUAUCAAGCAAUCCUUUCUUAGAAACACCUUGAUUUUCUUUAUUUUUUUCAGUUGCUGGGUUUCCUUCAAAAAUAACCUUAUCUGGACGUUUGUUGCGCCUGUUCUCUUAGUUUGCACGGUAAGUAAGAAAGUGAAAAUGUCCCAUAAGUGAAUAAGUUUGUUAAGAGAACAAGUUAAAAAAUGAUUGCUUACAGAAUAUUGAGGCUCAUCGGUAACUGAUUAAAAAUUGAUAUAAUCAUCAAAUAUUUGCCAUGAAAAUGUAAGACGUGAAACUGAAAUUAAUAACGGUUCAUGUAGAAAAAAGAAAACCAGAAUAUUUAGCUUCCUUUCAUAUCAUAGUCUUGGUGGAUUACAGUAAGCCCAUAAAUGAACUGAUAGCGGCUACCAGUGCCGCCCUUGCAUGCUGACGUCAGAGCUUACUGUUAACAUGUAAAUAUAUACUGUAUUGUCCUCUUAUCCACGGCAUUUCAUUUAUUCAUUCAUUUGCGGGUAAUAAACACAUCUGGGAUUUAGCGCUGCGGUGGAGGGGAGGCUGUGACGUCAUACUUGGUGUGAUAUGCUUGAGAUGUUUCAUACGUCCGAGCUUUGAUCGAUUAUUUAUCGAUUAUAUUUUAUGUUUUCAUUUAUCUAUUUAUUUAUUUAUUUAUUGUAGUUAUAUUUUCAAGACCUGAGAGAAAGAAAGAAACAGGGUCCAAGGUUUCUGCCAUUAAAAGAUAUCUUAUUCUCAUGCAUUGUUUCCACGCAGAUAAACUCAGUUUUACUUGCUCGAGUGGUUCAUGAGAUCCUAAGAAUGCAAGCCGACAAAACACCUCAUCUGGAAAGAGUUCGACAAGGAGUUAAAGCAUGCGUAGUUUUGUUUCCUCUUCUGGGACUGACCUGGGUGUUUGGUGUCCUAAGUGUCACAGAUGCUGGACUCGUAUUUCAGUACAUCUUUACCAUCUUCAACUCUUUGCAGGUAUAGUACUAGAAAAUCCAACAUGUUAACUUUUUGAGUAGUUUGAGGAAACAGUCGACAUUUCGCAAGGGGCACUCAAAGAGAAUAUAGUUCAAAACCACUUAAACAUAGCAUUGUUAAACGUAUUUAGUAUUUAGACGGUAGAUAUAGGCAUAUUUUUAUCCCCUAAAAAUUUUUCAUCUGUUCGGCUUUCCUAGCUGAAAGUCUAGUGAUCCGAAAACUAUAGGGAUAAAAACUUACCUUUUCAAAAAUUUCAGCAAGAAAAAAGGCUCCCGAAAAUUUUAGGUGACCUUUUUAGGGUAAAAAUCCGUUAAAAAUGGGCAAUUAUACCAUUUUUUAGAUGUUCGAAAAUCCUAGGAGAGGCAGGCAAGCAAGAAAUUUUACAAAAAAUGUUCCGAAAAUUCUAGAUCUCAAAUCGUCUUCCGAACAGAUAUUUUUUGAAAAUUGGCGUUGGGUGCCCUGAUUUCGCGACGCCACCACUGGUUUCCCCAAGAAAUGACGUUUGGCGAAGAACGUCCAUACUGAUGACGUGUCAGAAACCCACAUCUGGGAAGUGCUUCUAAUUGGAUGAAGCAGAUUUUAACCAAUCAGAAGCACUACCCAGAUCCAGGUGGUGACGAGUGAUCAGUAUGGAAUUGCUCCGCUAGUUUAUCCAACGUCAUUACGUAGCGAAACCAGUGGUGGUGUCGCACAAUGUCAGCUGUUUUCUCAGGCUAACUGACAGCGAGCAAAUAUUAUUUUAUCAAAUCUUAACUUGGUUGCUAAAAAAGCCGUUUUAAUUCACUCAUUCGUUCAUUUAUUUAUUUAUAUAUUUUGCCACACAAGCAUUCGAAGUUUACUCCAGACUUUGACAGUAGUGUCAAGGAAUGUAGCGAUCGAGAAAAUUAACAUGACAGAACAUAGAAUAGUAGAGAUGGUGGGCGAUACCUGAUACCAUGUACUGCGAUUAACCAUUGGAUAAAUAAAUUUUGUCUUCAUUUCUUCUUUUCUCUCACCCUUAUGAAGAAACUUAACUUUCUUUUUAUUUAUCGAUACACACAUUUUUAGGGUUUGUUCAUCUUCAUACUUCACGUUUUGAGAAACAGCGACGUACGUGCAGCAUACUCUAGAAAAAUGCAGAAGAGGAAUGCGGCAAAAAGCGUGAAAAACUCUCGAGAAAACCGCAAUACAAUCGGAUUGUGGUCAAGCAAAGUGACGAAUGAACCAAGCUGUACAAAAGAACCUAGCGGUGCCUCUCUAAGAUCAUCGGUUGGAGUAAAAAGCAAGAUUGACAAUACCCUGCACGAGGAAAGAACCAUGACUCCCGUUAACACGUGACUGUCACGUAGGCUGCACGCGAAUUUGUUUUAGCGGCCACUGUUAGAAAAUAGAGUAUUGGCAAGUUUUCAUUAUACGUUUAAUUCUUAUAGGAGAGAGCAUAAAAAUCCUACAAAGAAACAUUACUUCUGUUGACACGUGACUGUCACGUAGACUGCACGUGAAUUUGUUUUAGUAGCCACUGUUAGAAAAUAGAGUAUUGGCAAGUUUUCAUUAUACGUUUAAUUCUUAUAGGAAAGAGCAUAAAAAUUCUACAAAGAAACAUUACUUCUGUUGACACGUGACUGUCACGUAGAAUGCAUGUGAAUUUGUUUUAAUAGCCACUGUUAGAAAACAGAGUGUUGGCAAGUUUUCAUUAUACGUUUAAUUCUUAUAGGAGAGAGCAUAAAAAUCCUACAAAGAAACAUUACUUCUGUUGACACGUGACUGUCACGUAGACUGCAUGUGAAUUUGUUUUAGUAGCCACUGUUAGAAAAUAGAGUAUUGGCAAGUUUUCAUUAUACGUUUAAUUCUUAUAGGAAAGAGCAUAAAAAUCCUACAAAGAAACAUUACUUCUGUUGACACGUGACUGUCACGUAGACUGCACGUGAAUUUGUUUUAGUAGCCACU